UCUGACUGUUGCUGUCAACUCCUGGCACACUUUUCCUUACAAAUAUUUUACAGAUAUCUGUAGGAGGAGCCUACAGAUAUAGGGGGAGAAAUAUCUGUAGUAGGAGCCAGAACAGAACAAGCUGCCAGCUUUGCUGCUGUCAAGCAACUCAUCCCGUUAAUACACGAUCUUCUUCGUGAGUCUCGCGCUUACAGUCUGAUUGCUGCAGUCAGAGGAGUAGCUGCAGGUUCCAGUUCAGCCGAACCAUGACCUGACCGUGGUGCUGCAGGUCUGUCUGCCCAGUUCUCCUGACCAGAAGGCAGAGUGUGUAGGAGAGGAGGCAGUGGCAGUGGUGGCAUGCGUGUGAGCAGCAGCUGGAGGUGGCAGCUCUCCCGAGCCAUGCGACUGGUGCUGCGCUGGUGCUGGCUGUGCCGCACGCAGAGGGGGGGCCAAGGCGGGGGUACGAAAGCGGGGAUCGGCGGCAGGUUGUCAGAGGUGUGGCGUUACAGCAAGCUCCUGCUCAAGUCGCUGUACUUCAACAGCCUCACCAACUCAGACACUCUGCUGGACUGUGCUUUUGAACCCGUCUAUUGGAUUGUGGACAACGUGACCCACUGGUUUGGAGUGGUGUUUGUCUGUCUUGUCGUCUUGCUGACAUCCUCAGUUGUGGUCAUCAUCUACCUGUUUGUCCUGCCCACAAUCGUCAGCACUUACCCUGCACACUGGAUUGUGUGGCACCUCUGUUGUGGCCACUGGCUUCUCAUUAUGGUGGUGUUCCAUUAUUACAAAGCGACCACCACCUCUCCAGGACACCCACCAAAGGACAAAAGUCCCUUCCCUUCUGUGUCCAUCUGUAAGAAAUGCAUCACUCCCAAACCACCAAGGACACACCACUGCAGCAUCUGCAACGUGUGUGUUUUGAAGAUGGACCACCACUGUCCCUGGUUGAAUAACUGCGUGGGCCAUUUCAACCAUCGCUACUUCUUCUCCUUCUGCGUCUACAUGACCAUGGGCUGUAUCUACUGCAGCAUCAGCAGCAGGAACUUGUUUCUGGAUGCCUACAACGCUGUAGAGACUUACUAUCAGACCCCUCCUCCGGACUACAGUUUCACAGAAACCACUGCUCAUAAGAGCAUCAUCUUCCUCUGGGUGCUGACCAGCUCUGUGGCAGUCGCUCUGGGUGGACUCACCCUGUGGCAUGCCAUGCUUAUCAGCAGAGGAGAAACCAGCAUAGAGCGGCAUAUCAACCGCAAAGAAGCCAGAAGAUUGAAGGAGAAAGGAAAGGUGUUCCGAAAUCCAUAUCAUCACGGUAAAAUGAACAACUUGAAGCUACUGUUUGGUGUGCAGAAGAGGAGUCACUGGCUCACACGGGUCCUCUUACCCUCCAGCCAUCUUCCCUGCGGGGACGGCAUCAUGUGGGACUGCACCUUCGCCAGGAGAGACCCCAUGGCCAUCUGACUUUCAGCCUUUUAAUGUCGUACCAUAUAAAAAAAACUUCAAACCUGCAUUUAUAACCAGCAAAGAAGAAAAGACUGUGGUUACACAGAUCAACAGCCUUUUGCUGUGUCUGUAUCAACACUGAUAAAAGUGGAGAAACACAGGAGUGUCUCAACUUCUUAGAUCCAACUGUCACUUUUCCAGCAUUGUACAGUGAGACUAAGCUGUGACUGCAGAGCUGUCGACUGAUCUGAUUCACGGAUGCUGCUGGUCAGCAUCUCAGUAACGCCUCGUUCACACAACUUUUAUUGAAGAGGUGAUGAAAUGUUGUGGGAUUCUGUUACACAGUGUGGUUUGGCACCAUCACAGGAGCCAAAGUUAAAGCUUGUUAAUGGUGCUAUGUGUUGCAUACAGUACAGCACGUUUAAAAAAAACCAAAACUAUAUUUUAUCGUUAUUAAGUGAAGACCUGAAAGUCAUGUCGGCAGACUGUUUACAGCAGACUCUUCUCGGUUCAUGCUGUAAAGCAGACUUGCACAUUUCCCCUCAAUCUGACUUUAGCUUUUAAAAGAGAGCGUGCCACCUUAAUGUGCUUUUUAUUAAUUAGUGAUAAAAGUGCAAAACACGGCAACAUUAGCAGCUGAGACUGUAUCAAUCUCCAGCUCUGUUUAAGGAUCGGCGUCUUCAAAAUAACAGACGAUAGCUGCGGGAGGCAAAUCGUGAAAACAUUAUUUAAGAAGUGUUGUGUUAGUAUUUAAAUAAUUGUUAUUUGUAAAUUGUUUUUAAUACUGACUACUCUACAUGUGUUUCAAAAACCAUCCCCUGGCAUUACUGGGAGCCACUGACCUGAACUCAUUUCUUGGUGCCAAAGACGAGUGAAAAACCAACUACACAACUCUUGAUUUCACAGAACCUUAAACACAGACGUGGUUGUGUGCCUUGUUUGGUUAUUCAGCCUUGAAAUGUGUGAAUCAGACACUGAAAUAUUAUUCUGUCAUUUUUUUUUCCUCCCCUAAAGCCACAUUUUCAUAUCGGCAACCUCAUGAUGGUUUUGGAGGCUCUGCAGUUGCCAUAGAAACAGACAUCCAGCUGUGAUAGUGUUGGAGCUGUGCUCUGAUUUCAUUUAUCUUGCCUUCUUAAAAUAAAACAAGGUUUUGAUAGUUCUGGGUUGACGU